AUGUCGCGCCAUAACAGUGUGGAUCUAGACUCGCCCGAUCGGCCUUUUGAUAACAUCAUCAAUUUCCGUGAUGUCGGCCGGUCGGUUAAUCAAUUUUGUCGCAAAGAGAUAUUGAAAGAAGGCGUGUUCUUUCGCAGUGCGAGGCUCGAUGAUGCCUCAGAACGAGAUAAACGCCGUUUAGAGGAAGAACUACAUAUCCAUACGGUCAUCGAUCUCCGUUCCCAAACGGAACACCAAAUGGGCACGCGUAAACGUCGAGCUCAAAACGCCAAAUCAGAUCCAUCAGACCAAAUCCCGACAAACCCACACGAACACCUCCUCCAAAUCCCCAGCUCAGAAAGAGCUCUAAUAAGCCUAACGGGCAAAGGCUUCGAACGCGCCUUAUUAUCGAAACUGGACUGGUUUACAUAUCUCAAAAUCAUCGGCCUCGUAACAACAGGCUACCGCAGCGACGCCGUGCGCCUAGUAUGCGGAACUGUAAUGCAACCCCGCGGUCUAACAGGUCUAGCCCAAGACACCUUGGAUUCAAGCAUGAACGAGAUGCGCUCCGUCUUCGAGAUCCUAGCAUGCGAGGAGUCAUAUCCCACAUUAGUGCAUUGCACGCAGGGCAAGGACCGAACAGGUCUGGUCGUGUUACUUAUGUUACUUCUCGUCGGGGGGAUUCCGGUCGACGCGAUUGUGGAUGAUUACAGUCGGUCUGAGCUGGAACUUGUUUCUGAGUUUGAGGAGAGGAUGGAGGAGAUUAGGGCUAUUGGACUGGGGGAGGAUUAUACGCGUUGCCCGCCUGGUUUUGUGGCCGAGACGACUCAAUACCUGGAGAGCAGGUAUGGGGGUGUGAGGGGGUAUUUGGAGCGGGUUGGGGUUGGGUUUGAGAUGCAGGAGAGGAUUAGGAGGAAGUUUUUGGUUUAG